GGCUACGUCAUUGUCAUGUGCGCAGCGCACUACUCGGCGGACAAGCUGGCCACCGUUGCGCAGGCGGCGGUGGCACUCGCGGCGGACAUCGGCUUUUACGCGCUGUGCCGGUGCCGUUUGCUGCCGGACGCGGUCAUGCGGGACGUCGUGCCCUACGUCUCGUGGGCGUUCAUCACCGUUCACGUCCUGUGCUACCUGGGCUUAAAUUUCGCGGGCUUCUAUCAGCCCAGCGAUUCGGUGGGAUGGCAGACGUUCUUCACGUUUUCCUUCUUCCUGACGCUGCCACUGCCGCUGCUGCACGUCGUGCUGCUCACGGCUCUCUCCUGUGCGGUGCACACGGUGCUGUUGGGGGUGGUCGUGACGCGCGACGACCUGCCGGCGCUGGCCGGACAGCUUGUGGCUAAUGUCAUGCUGUAUUUGGGUGCAAUGGUUGUUGGUGUGAUGUCAUACUUCAUGGCUGAUCGUAAGUACCGCACAGCAUUUCUAGAGGCCAAACAGUCAUUGGAGGUUCGCCUGACACUGGAGGAACAGAGCCAACAGCAGGAGGAGUUGUUGCUCUCCAUCUUGCCGAAGCACAUAGCAGAUGAGAUGCUGCAGGGCAUGAAGAAAGAGGCCAAUCAGAAAGCAGAAGAAGCUCAGCAGUUCAACACCAUGUAUAUGUACCGCCAUGAAAAUGUCAGUAUCCUCUUUGCUGAUAUCGUUGGAUUUACGCAGCUCUCAUCUGCCUGCAGUGCUCAGGAGCUCGUCAAACUACUGAAUGAGCUCUUCGCCCGCUUUGACAAGCUUGCUGCUCUAUACCACCAGCUGAGGAUUAAGAUUCUGGGAGACUGUUACUACUGCAUCUGUGGUCUGCCAGACUACCGGGAGGACCAUGCUGCCUGUUCCAUAAUGAUGGGGCUGGCUAUGGUGAAAGCCAUCUCGUACGUCCGAGAGAAGACACAGACAGGGGUAGACAUGCGUGUGGGAGUGCACACAGGUACUGUCCUAGGUGGAGUUCUGGGACAGAAACGCUGGCAGUUUGAUGUGUGGUCCACUGAUGUCACCGUAGCCAACAAGAUGGAGUCAGGGGGCAUUCCAGGGCGCGUGCAUAUCUCUCAGGCAACGAUGGAGUGUUUGCACGGAGAGUUUGAGCUGGAACCAGGAAAUGGUGGAGAACGUUGUGAAUAUCUGAUGGAGAAAGGCAUUGACACUUACCUGGUGCUCGUUCCCAAGGAAACCACUACGGUGGACAGAGUCAGCAAUGGAGUCGUGAGUGUCAGCACACAACACCAGAACACUCCGCUACUCAUUACCACCUUAGAGACCAAUGGGAGCGUCUGUUCAGUCCACAGCAUUACCGAUGACACGGUCGUGGCCAGCACACAGAGGUUGCACCUGUCCAGCGUGACUGAUGGGGGCAUGGAGAAUGAACAGGAACUAAACCGGCAGCUCAACAAAGCUCUGCUGGAGAGAGAGAUGGAGGAGACGGUGAAGGAAAAGAGAACCGCAGCUUUGUCUCUGCGGUUUGUGGACUCUGAUCUGGAGUGGCGUUACUCGGCCGAGCAGGAGCAUCAGUCAGGUGUGGCCUUCUGCUGCAGCUGCGUGGUUCUGUUCUUCACCUCCAUCAUGGAGGUGCUCAUAGACCCACAGCUGACAGUGAACUACGUGACGUUGGCAGUGGGGGAGGUGCUGCUCCUCAUCCUUACCAUCUGCUCACUGGCGGCCAUUUUCCCCCGGCUCUUUUCAGGGAAGCUGGUGUCCUUUUCCAUGUGGAUCGAUCGAACACGCUGGGCGCGCAACACCUGGGCUAUGGCAGCCAUCUUUGUCUUGACCAUGGCUGAGGUAGCAGACAUGCUGAGCUGCGUUCAGCCUCCUCUUCUCCUGCUGAACACCAGUGUGGGUUUAACGCUGGAGUCACGUGGUGAUGGAGGCUGUGCUCAGAACCCCAAACAUUACAGCUUCAUCGCUGUGCUGUCGCUCGUGGCAACAACUAUGCUUGUGCAGGUCAGCCACCUCGUCAAGCUCGCCCUCAUGCUGCUGGUUACCGUAGCAACCAGUGCUGUGGACAUCUACAGCUGGCGGGACAUAUAUGAUAUCUACGACCUCAUUCGCUACCUGAACUACAGGUGAGGGUGUGGUCAUAUGCUACCUGAUCUACAGGUGAGGUGUGUGCGUGCAUAUCCUUACAGGUAUUCAGUGGUUCCCUCUAAAUAUCUGAUGACUGUGAUGAUCAUUGUAAUGAUGAUUAGUUUCUACUACUUCGCUCGGCAUGUAGAGAGGCAGUCCCGUAAGCUUUUUCUAUGGAAGAUAGAGGUUCACGAGCAGAAGGAGCGUGUGUAUGAGAUGAGGACCUAUAACGAGGCCCUAGUGACCAACAUGCUGCCGGAACAUGUGGCCAAGCACUUCCUGGGCUCCAAGAAACGAGACGAGGAGUUGUACAGUCAGUCGUAUGAUGAAAUCGGUGUGAUGUUCGCAUCCAUCCCGAACUUUUCGGACUUCUACACCGAAGAGACCAUUAACAACGGAGGCAUCGAGUGCCUGAGGAUCCUCAACGAGAUCAUCUCGGACUUCGACAGUUUGCUGGACAGGCAAGAGUUCCGCUGCAUCACCAAAAUCAAGACAAUCGGGAGCACGUACAUGGCAGCGUCGGGCGUGACGCCGGAGAGCAACACCAACAACUACAGCAGCCGCAAGAAGGAGGAUCAGUGCAUUCUGGAGCGAUGGCAGCACCUGGCUGAUCUGGCUGAUUUCGCUCUGGCCAUGAAGGUCACACUGAAUAACCUGAACAAGCAGUCCUUUAACAACUUCAUGCUCCGCAUCGGUUUGAAUAUGGGUGGUGUGCUGGCUGGUGUGAUAGGAGCUCGUAAACCUCACUAUGAUAUCUGGGGGAACACAGUGAACGUGGCCAGCCGCAUGGAGUCCACUGGAGUUAUGGGUAAUAUACAGGUGGUGGAGGACUGCUAUCGGAUCCUGCAGGAGUAUGGGUUCCGCUUCGUGAGAAGAGGCCCGAUCUUCGUGAAGGGGAAAGGAGAGCUUCUCACUUACUUCAUGAAGGGCAAAGACAGAAGCAUCGCCAACGGCAACACGGUCCUCCCUAAUCUGCCUCACCAGAUACCAGACAGGGCCUGA